GGUGCGAGCGGGGACACGGGGCACAGCGGUGUCCCCCCGGCGUGUGUGCGGACAGACCAGGACAUGGCACGCUUGGGCCAUGGGGAUGGUGGAGGAGAUGCUCUCACGAAGGCCUCGAUGGACAGGCAGAAGAGCACGGAGCUCUCAGCCCUCGACAGUUUCCCCUUGAAGCACUCGAACACGCUGACGAACAGGCAGCGAGGGAACGAGGUCUCAGCCCUCCCAGCCACGCUGGACACACUGUCCAUCCACCAGCUCGCUGCCCAGGGGGAGCUCAGCCAGCUCAAAGAGCACCUUCGGAAAGGCGAGAACUUGGUCAAUAAACCUGAUGAGAGAGGUUUCACGCCGCUGAUCUGGGCUGCAGCCUUUGGCGAGAUCGAAACGGUCCGGCACCUGCUGGAAUGGGGUGCUGACCCCCAUGCGCUGGCGAAGGAGCGGGAGAGCGCCCUGUCCCUGGCCAGCAUGGGUGGCUACACUGACAUCGUCACCAUGCUCCUCGAGAGGAACGUGGACAUCAACAUCUAUGACUGGAACGGUGGCACCCCUCUGCUCUACGCCGUGCGUGGCAAUCACGUCAAGUGUGUCGAGGCCCUACUAGCUCGUGGCGCUGACCUGACAGAAGAGGCAGAUUCUGGCUACACCCCGAUGGAUCUGGCUGUGGCCCUGGGACACAAGAAAGUCCAACAGGUUAUGGAAAACCACAUCCUCAAGCUAUUUCAGAACAAGGAGCUGGAAUGACACGGCUGCUCCCGCUGCAGCUCCAGCGCUUCUCCCGCCCGGCACAGGGCUCCCCUCUGGGAACACCGUCCCUCGCCCAGCCAUUCCAGAAUGGGCAG